CGCACUCCGAGUGAGUUCCGCAUUUUCUGGGUCGGUAACUGACUGAAGAAAUGCCUGAAACCAAAGCUCCGAAGAAAGGCGCCAAGAAAGCCGUGUCCAAGGCCAAGGGCACCAAGAGGCGCAGGAGGUCGAGGAGGGAGAGUUACUCCAUCUACGUCUACAAGGUGAUGAAGCAGGUUCACCCCGACACCGGCAUCUCCUCCAAGGCCAUGAGCGUCAUGAACUCGUUCGUGAACGAUAUUUUCGAGCGCAUCGCGCGCGAGGCUUCCCGCCUGGCCCAUUACAACAAGCGGUCGACCAUCACCUCUCGGGAGAUCCAGACCGCCGUGCGCCUGCUGCUGCCCGGGGAGCUGGCCAAGCACGCCGUGUCGGAAGGGACAAAGGCGGUCACCAAGUACACCAGCUCCAAGUGAAGCUCUAUCAACUAAACAAACCGAAAACAACGGCUCUUUUAAGAGCCACUCACUCCAUCGCUGAAAGAGUUGCUCCAGUAUUUCAGCAGUGAUUAACAACUAACCCUUCCUUGCAGAUUUUCAGUUUAGAAAUAAUUAUUGUUUAUUGCGAUCCGUAUGUCCGUU